CCAACGCCUGCGCUCUUGUGAUAAUACGUCUCCUACUUAAACGUUCUUUUCCAUCUGCAAUGAAGGCCAACGGUUAAUUCGCCUUCCCGUUUACAUGCGGCAUCCGUGCACUAAUAUUGUGCGCUCGGUGUAAGCCUGCGAACACUUGCUUUGUAUCGUAGCGUCGUUUCAAAACUGUGCAGCCGCUACCGGGGUCACAAGUCAGAACGAAUAGAAGGUGAGAUUAUUUCACUCCAGAUGCCUCAGCGGGAAACAGAAGAGCAUUGGGAUAGGAAAAGGAGAUUUCAGCUUCAUUGUUUACCAACGAAUGUAACUCCCGGCCGAGUCAGCGAUCUUUGCUCUUAAAAGCCAAACGCGAGCAGCGCCAACCCUGAAACGAGUUGGCAGCUGGAGGAAGAUGCAGAGGCGGUCGCUCGGGGUGUUCCUUGCUUCCUUUCUAAUAUCUGCUGCCCAGCCACAGACUUUCCGUGUCCUUGUCAGCAAAAGUGAAGUGAAUGCAGUGGAGGGAGACGCCGUCACCCUGUCCGUGAGACCAUCCUUCCCGGUGGUCAGCGGCUUCUGGAAGUUCCGCUCGUCCUCCAUCGUAACUUGGACUGUGGAACCUCCUUAUUUGAACGUAGCCUACACCAAGCGGAACAUAGAUCUUCUCUUCAACACCUCGCUCCUUCUGUGGUCCGUGGGACUCGCGGACAGUGGGGUGUACUGGAUUACCGUGGACUCACGUACAGGCAAGGAGGCCACAGCAAACAUCACCUUGAAUGUGUUUCCGAAGCCUGUACCUUUCACUAUCGUCACGGAAAGCGCCGAGAUCAAUGUCACUGAGGGGAAUACUAUCCAGCUGAAAGCUUCCCCUUCGGAGAAGGUGAAGAACGGGAGCUGGCAGCUGCGUGGGAAGGUGGUGGCCCAGUGGAAUGAUAUAGUAGCGCUGGUCAACACUGAGUAUCAAAGUCGAGCCGCCUUGUUUAACAACUGUUCCCUGCAGCUGAAGUCCGCCAGCGUUUCUGACACUGGAGAGUACAAAGUCUCCAUGAGCACAGAUUCCGGCGAUACGAGUACGGCAAACAUCCUGCUCAAUGUCUUCCCCAAGUCUGUAGCUUUCACUAUCGUCACGGAAAGCGCCGAGAUCAAUGCCACUGAGGGGAAUACUAUCCAGCUGAAAGUUUCCCCUUCGGAGAAGGUGAAGAACGGGAGUUGGCAGCUGCGUGGGAAGGUGGUGGCCCAGUGGAAUGAUACAGUAGCGCUGGUCAACGCUGAGUAUCAAAGUCGAGCCGCCUUGUUUAACAACUGUUCCCUGCAGCUGAAGUCCGCCAGCGUUUCUGACGCUGGAGAGUACAAAGUCUCCAUGAGCACAGAUUCCGGCGAUACGAGUACGGCAAACAUCCUGCUCAAUGUCUUCCCCAAGCCUGUACCUUUCACUAUCGUCACGGAAAGCGCCGAGAUCAAUGCCACGGAGGGGAAUACUAUCCAGCUGAAAGUUACCCCUUCGGAGAAGGUGAAGAAGGGGAGUUGGCAAAUGCAUGGGAAGGAGGUGGCCCAGUGGAAUGAUACAGUAGCGCUGAUCAGCACUGAGUAUCAAAGUCGAGCCGCCUUGUUUCACAACUGUUCCCUGCAGCUGAAGUCAGCCAGUGUUUCUGACACUGGAGAGUACACAGUCUCCAUGAGCACUGAUUCCGGCGAUACGAGUACAACAAGCAUCCUGCUCAAUGUCUUCCAGGAAGCCCAGCCGCUGAAGGUCACGGCCGAACUCAGCCAAAUCAACGCGGAAAUUACAGCCGAAGUCCUGCUUUCGGUGAGAGUGAGCGGCGAAGUAAAGAAUGGCAGCUGGAGUAUAAACAAGUAUAUCCUCUUUAAGUGGAGUGGCACGAUUCCCAACAUAACCUUUAACAGUGACGGCAACAUGGCACUCCUGCCAAAUGCAUCGCUCCUCAUCCCAUUUCUGCACUACGACAUGGAUGGUGUAUACAGCAUUUCUCUGACAUCACCAGCUGGUAUGAAAGCAACAACAAACCUGAAUCUCCACAUUUUCGUAUCUAGGAAGCUGUGUGAAGUCUACAACUCCAUUCUUGCCCUGCUUGUUCUCCUGAUGUUGAUGCUCAUAGUUUUCUUUACUGUCUACAUACAGAGAAAUCAUCCAAAAAAUUACCUUCAAAAGUUUGAUCUCCUGGUUAUAUUCUUCAAGGGGUACCGGACGUGCCUCUCCAUAGUGACAAUGGUGACUUUCGUCUUUAUCAUACUUAUUGCCGUUUCGGUGACCAAGGAAUCGUGUGUCCUGGGCCAACAGCCGGGUAAGAGAUUUUACAUUUUGUGGCAAGCUGAAUGAAAACUUAAAUUUCAAUCCAAACAGGAGGAGAGGUAGAAGACCCUGCCACUGCAUCUCAAAACAACUGGCCAGAAGCUGGAGGCAGAUUUGCGCGCAUGGCUAUAUUAUACUGUGUCAAUGGAUAAAUCUACUUAAACAUUACUUUUAGUACUAAUGGUAUUUCUUUUGAACUUUCAUUUUAUUACUGGAAGUGCUGUUUACUGUUUGAAGAGAUGUGCUAUAUUUUGUUCUAGUUCUGUUCUUCCCUUCAAGGGCAAUUGUAUUCUCACCCACAUGACACUUCCCUAAGCAGUCUGCUCCCUUAUGGUUAACAUCCUCAACACCCAGCCCUCGAAACUCAAAGCCAACCCAACCACAAGAGCAAUGACUUUGCUGUGCAGAGAGGAAUGCAGACUCAUACAGCAUGGGCACAGGCCCUGUGGCCUCUCAAUGCUACUCACACACGCAUUUAAAUCAAUCCCAUAUACAUCUCUUCUCUCUCCCAGAUUGACCCUCACACACUGACUACAUACACCCUUCUCUCUACCACAUUGUGACCCUACUUUCUACAUGCAUCUAGACACGAGUGGGGAACUUGCAGAAAUCUCAGUGCUGUACAGCACAGGGUUAGGCCCUUUGCCCCAUCACAUCUCUGCUGACCAAUUUACAUCUCACAUCCACCUCAUGUGGUCAGUGUCUCUCUUUUCCCUGCCUGUUCAUGUGACCCUGUGUAUACCUACACCUUCAGUGAUUGUGGAGGGAACCGGAGAAUCCUAAGGGAAACCCAAGGGGGCACAGGGAGAAGGUGAAAACCCACACAGACAGUGCGAGAGGUUGGAAUCAAACACAGUCUUUAGGGCUGGGUCACUGAGCUACAUCACUGCCACAAACUGGCUUUCUCUAUCGCCUCCCAGGUCAAUAUUUUCUGUCUGUACCAUGCAGAGAUGAACAUAAGGCUUGA